AAAGAGUGGUUGACUUGUUCCUUGUUGUGGUUGUCAUGUUCCUGAAGGAUUGUUCUAAUGAAAAAUCUGGUCCAACCUUGAGGAUCAUAAUCAAUCUGGUUUUAACUCGACCCACCCAAAGGAUUAAGGAAUGGAUCAGGACAACUUAAAUGCUGCUAAUGCUAUUAAUGCUGGCGAUCUUAUUCCGCCUCCGGCACAAGUAGAACCACAAAGGGACACAAAUAUUGCUCAGGAUGAUGAAGGCUUAGCACCAUCAAUCGCGAGAGAGUUAUUAAUGCUUUCUCGCGGUAGUCCCAAUUAUGGCACCCUUUGUAUUUACAGAGUACCUGAAAAAUAUCGUAACCAGAAUCAAGAAGCUUAUACGCCCCGAUUGGUUUCAAUAGGCUUUAUUCAUCAUGGACAAAGUCAACUUCAAGGUAUGGAGGAAUACAAAUUAAAAUAUCUUCACCAUUUCAUACAUACUUUUCGGGUUUCCUUGCAAGAAUUGGCUAAAUUUGUUCAAACUCAAGAGAAACUUGUCUGUGACUGUUAUGAGGAUAUCCACAUUAGUAAUCAUUCUAAAGGAUCGAAAAAACCAUAUGAGGUUAUUUUGUUGGAUGGUAUUUUUGUUGUUGAGCUUUUCUUGAAAAACCAUUUCCCUAUAAUGAGAGAGGACAGGGAUAUAAUAUUUGAUAACCCUUUGGUGGCAAGUGACAUUUUACAUGACUUGCUCCUUGUUGAAAAUCAACUCCCUUUGAGGUUCCUAACUGCAUUGUUCAACACUUUUGUUUCCAGCAAUGUGAAAAAAUACCUAGAUAAUAAUGCUGUGAAUCCUCCCUCUUUCAAUCAACUAGUACAGAAGUACUUCAAGAAUGUGUGUGGUAGUGGAGAGCUUUUUCUUAGAGAUAAUUUUUUCUAUGCAAAGCAUUUGGUUGAGUUCUUAUACAUUCUACACACACAAGAAAAAGAUAACAUUUUGAAGUAUAGAAAACUAGUUGGAAAGCAACUAGAUCAUGCCAGAUGUCCAACAGUAACCGAGCUCAAAGCAGCAGGAGUCAAGUUCAAACCUCAAAAGGGAGACCGUUUCUUGAAUGUUGCUUUUAUCCAAGAGACAGGAAUACUGGUGAUUCCACAAGUGACUGUAAAUGAUUCUGCUGAAACCUUUCUCCGAAACCUACUAGCCUUUGAACAGUCUGGAUAUCAUUCCAAGGAUAUAACAAGCUAUGUUAUCCUAAUGGACAACCUGAUAGACACUCCCAAAGAUGUCGAUGUUCUCGUCGAACAUAAAAUCCUAAAAAAUGAUCUUGGUAGCAGUGAUGACGUUGCACAACUGUUUAACAAUCUUCACAAAGAGAUCUUGAAUGAUCCAAGGGAAUUUCUUUAUCUUGAUCAAUGUCGCGAGCUGAAUGCUUAUAGCCGAGACUGGCUGCAUAAUUGGGAAGCAAAACGUUCCAAGUGGUUCGCAAUGUUGAGGAAUGAUUAUUUCGGCACUCCAUGGUCAAUCAUCUCUGUUUCUGCUGCUAUUGUGUUACUUGUCCUUACUAUAGUGCAGACUGUCUGUUCAGUGCUUCAAGUUAAGAUGGCCUAAGUUAGUUUGACAUUGUACACAAUAUGCAAAAGAAU